AUGAAAAAAGCCAAAGAAACGGACGGCAGGUUGCCAGAGUUGCCAAUAUACCUCGCGGCCCUCAUCAUGUGUAGCGGAUUCUUCAUGAUGUACCUCGUCGAAGAGCUAGUCCACGUCUACAUUACCAGCAGAGAGAACAAGACUGCGAAUACCAGUUUUACAAGAGUUUUAAGUAUAAGAAGAAAUAACGAUGAGGAAGAGGGGGAAACGCAAGUUAUCAAAACGUUAGAAACUUCCCAAGGACAUGGUCACAGUCAUUUGGCCAUUCAAUCUGAUGAUACAAUUGUGUCAGCGCUUAGAGGACUUCUAGUCGUGUUGGCUCUGUCUAUUCAUGAGCUUUUCGAGGGUCUUGCUGUUGGUUUGGAGGCGUCAGCAAGAAGUGUCUGGUAUAUGUUUGGUGCAGUAUCAGCUCAUAAAUACAUAAUAGCGUUCUGCAUUGGAGUUGAACUUCUCGCUGCCGGCACCAAGCGGUGGCUGUCUAUCGUCUACAUCUUCACAUUCUCCUUUGUCUCUGCUCUUGGUAUUGGAGUGGGCAUACUUUUGGUGGGAGGAGCCGGGGCUGCGUCAGCUGGAUUAUAUUCAGUUGUUUUACAGGGUUUGGCCUGCGGUACGCUAGUGUAUGUGGUUUUCUUUGAGGUAUGGAGACAAGACCGUACUGGAAUCAUGCAGUUCCUAUGCGCAGUCGCAGGUUUCGCGCUUAUGGUCGGUUUAGAAGCCGUCGCUGAAUCAUUGCAAGCAGACUACUACGUUAAAUUCCAAUACUCCGCACAUUACAGUGUGCUGACGUCAUUCCAAGAAGAGCAAGAGUCACUCGAUCGAACUCGAUAA